AAAGCAAGAACUUUGUGAGUGUUUUUAGGAGAGUUGAUAGAAGAAACUUUAAGCCAUUGGAGUCAUGGAAACAAGGAUUGAAGGCUUAUGGGCAGAAGCAUGUAAGUGGCUGUGAAAUGCAGAAUCCUGAACUCAGGUCUCGUUUGGUGAGGAACCAGUCUUUGCGAGAGAGACACGAGUGGCCAGGCCCAGCCGCCGACGCCGCCGCAGCAGCCCGGAGGAACCCGACACAAAGAGAGGGACUCUGUUUUUGGGGUGGGGGUGGGGGGUUCGCUAUGUCGGAUGACGAUUCGAGGGCCAGCACCAGCUCCUCAUCAUCUUCGUCCUCCAACCAGCAGACUGAGAAGGAAACCAACACCCCCAAGAAGAAAGAAAGUAAAGUCAGCAUGAGCAAAAACUCUAAACUUCUCUCGACCAGCGCAAAGAGGAUUCAAAAGGAACUGGCUGACAUCACCUUAGAUCCACCACCCAACUGCAGUGCUGGUCCCAAAGGUGAUAACAUCUAUGAAUGGAGAUCAACUAUUCUGGGUCCCCCAGGCUCAGUAUAUGAGGGUGGUGUUUUCUUCCUUGACAUUACAUUUACACCAGAAUAUCCCUUUAAACCUCCAAAGGUUACGUUUCGGACAAGAAUCUAUCACUGUAACAUUAACAGCCAAGGAGUGAUCUGCCUGGACAUUCUGAAAGACAACUGGAGUCCAGCGCUCACCAUUUCCAAAGUUCUUCUCUCCAUCUGCUCACUUCUCACAGACUGCAACCCUGCUGAUCCCCUGGUUGGAAGUAUUGCCACUCAGUAUAUGACCAACAGAGCAGAACAUGACCGAAUGGCGAGACAGUGGACCAAAAGAUAUGCUACAUAAAUUGAGAUGGUCAUCUCAUAUAUAAUAUGGACAAGUUGAUAUGGCACCGUAUAGGAAAUGAGAAGUAGUUAAUGUAUUUUAUUUUAUAUGCCAAUCUACUCUAUUGAGAAAAGAUUAAAGGUUUUAAUCAGGAUUUAUGGAGACCUGUAGUGAAAUACCUUAAGCUGUUUAACUGUAAGGCGUGGAAUAGGAGUCACUCAGUGGAUUGGUUAUAUGUUGUGGGCUACUUAAGUCUGCAUUUGUUACUGUGCUAAUAAAAGAAUAUUAAAAAGAACCCUGA